AUGGACGCUGCCGCAACGCCGACCGCCCGCACCAACAAGUUCCAAGGGACCAACUUCCACACAUGGAAGUUCAAGAUGCAUAUGGUCCUGGAAGAGCGCGACCUGUGGGAGGUCACAUGUGGAGAAGUCAAGCUGGAGCACUGCACCAACGUGAUGGAUCAAUCGACGUUCAAGAGAAAGUCACACAAGGCGCUGGCGAUCAUCUGUCUCGCAAUAGAAGAUUCGCAGCUGCCGCUGGUCCGUUCAGCGAUUGGAGCGUACGAUGCAUGGUCAAGACUGGAAGGACACUACGAGAAGAAGAGUCUGGCAAACAAGCUCUUUCUUCGUCGUCGAUUCUUCACAACUAUGAUGGAAGAAGGUGAUGAUGUGCUGGAGCACAUCAACAAGAUCAAGACUCUAGCGGAGCAGCUCGACGCUGUGGGUGCUCCGAUUAGCGAGGACGACUUCGUGAUCACGCUUCUUGGGAGUCUAAGCGAUUCGUACCAGUUUUUGAUCACGGCGUUAGAGUCACGUGCGGACACGCUAACGUGGGAGCUGGUGACGUCUCGACUACUGCACGAAGACAUGAAGCGCAAGGAACAAGGUGGCGGUGUCGACGGAUCCGCGCACGGUCAAGGUCAAGCGUUCAUGACAAGCAAUCACAGCAAGCGAAAAAGAGGACGGCCUGUGCAGAAGGCCAGUGCAUGUCACUACUGUGGGGAGCACGGACAUUGGAUUGCCAAGUGUCCAGUGAGGAUCCGUGAAAUUGCGGAGCGGCAGAGGUCGCAAAGAGCAAGCGUCGCGCAGGUUGAAGAAGACUCUGGCGACUUUCUGUUUUCAGUUGAUGGAGAUAACAUCAAGCUGAGUGAAGAGUGGCUGGUCGACUCAGGUGCAACUCAGCACAUGACAUACUCAAAAGAGUACAUGAAGAACUACCAGAAGAUCUCGCCAGUGGAUGUGCAUUUGGCGGAUGAUGGCGUGGUACAAGCAGUGGGAAAGGGAGACAUCAUCAUGUCAAUGAGGACAAAACACGGCGUCAAGAAAUGUGUGCUUACUGGUGUGUGGCACAUCCCCAAAUUGACGCGCAACCUGUUCUCUGUGGGGUGUUUUACGAAGGACAUUGGCCACGUCACAUUUGAAAGUGACGGGUGCUUUGCUCAGUCGAAGAGUGUGAAGUGGCAGCUGGGUACGCGCAAGGGAAAGGGCUUAUUCAAGUUAUGCAUGACCCCGCUCAUGUCAGAUGAAGCAAAUGUGUCAAGUUCAACCGGUUUCAAUGGAACCAACCGGUCGUACCUCUGGCAUCUUCGACUUGGCCAUAUUGGCCAUAACGGUCUAGACUCCAUUGUCAAGAAGGGCUACGGCAACGGCAUCAACAUCACGUCUGUUCAACAGUGGGAGAUGUGUCAAGGGUGUGCUCUUGGCAAACAAACUCGAGUGAACUUUAUGCCAAAGUCCCCAGAGAGUGCAAAGAAGAUGCUAGAAGUCAUCCACAGCGAUGUGUGUGGUCCUAUGCAAACAGCUUCGCUCGGUGGAAGCAGAUACUUUGUCACGUUCAAUGACGAGUAUUCACACUUUAGUGUGGUGUUCUUGCUUAAGAACAAGUCUGAAGUGGCUUCUAAGUUUGCCGAAUUCGUCGUAUUUGCAGAGACUCAGACAGGAAACCGCGUCAAGCUACUUCGCAGUGACAACGGCGGAGAUUACAAGUCGCAUGAGAUGACCAAGCUGUGCAGCAGUCGUGGCAUUGUACAAAAGUUCACGCCUCCCUACACACCUCAACUCAACGGAGUGGCAGAACGGAUGAACAGGACAUUGGUGGAAUGCGCGCGCUGCAUGAUGGAGCAUGCCGGACUGUCGAAGGAAUACUGGGGCGAAGCGGUUGUAACCGCUACAUUUCUUCGAAACCGAUGUCCAACACGUGCCACAAGUCAAGACAAGUCGCCACAUCAAAUCUGGACCGGCAAGAAACCGCUGUUUUCAAAUCUGAAGGUGUUCGGUUGUCACGCAUACGUGACGGUCCCGAAGCAAAAAGCGCAUCAAGUUUGA